ACCCAUAGUUCAUCAUGAGCUACAAAGGUUCUGACAGCCACCUGCGCCGCCCGCAUUCCUCAGCAACCCUUGCGUAACGCUUGAGGAACGUUGCACCUCGUCAAGCAAGCAACCGCGCUGACCGCUAGGCGUUCCCCGUUCGAAAGCUUGGAUCACCUGGGGACCACUACUCUCUUCGUGCCCAUCUCUUUUGCCGUGCAGACAAAGAGUCUGCUCGUGACAAUGGAACAGAAGCCCUUGAGCUUUCACGUACCAAGCACCACAUGUCGCGACACGAGGCAGAGACAAGAGACAGAAUGGGAUCCCGUCAGCGAGCAGAGGCUUCUGCGCAAGAUGGAUUGGCAUCUCAUGCCUGUCCUGACUCUCCUCUAUCUGUUUUGCUUUCUGGAUCGAGGGAACAUCGGCAAUGCCAGGAUUGAGGGUAUGGAGGAGGACCUCCAUCUAGUGGGUUCACAGUACAACUGGGCUCUCACGGUGUUCUUCUUCACGUAUACGGUCUUUGAGCUUCCGUCCAAUCUGAUCUUGAAGAAGAUCCGCCCAUCCAUAUGGAUACCUACAAUUAUGGUAGCUUGGGGAGUUGUCAUGACUUUGACGGGCGUCGUCACAAGCUAUUAUGGGCUUCUUAUCGCACGGCUUUUUCUCGGGAUCACUGAAGCCGGUCUCUACCCUGGAGUAGCCUACUACAUCACCAUGUGGUAUUCCCGUCACGAGGCACAGCUGCGCCAAGCGAUAUUCUUCAGCGCCGCAAGUUUUGCAGGUGCUUUUUCAGGGAUUCUAGCUUUUGCGAUCGGAAAAAUGGAUGGCGUCGGAGGCUACUCUGGCUGGCGCUGGAUCUUCAUCAUUGAGGGUAUUGCUACGGUCGUCGUUGCGGUUGGGGCCUAUUUCCUUCUGUACGACUACCCAGACACCGCCUCAUUCCUUACAAACGAGGAGAGAGCCUGGAUCUUGUAUCGCCUGCAGUUGCAGUGGUCCGACAACGGAAACGUCGUGCCAGAUACCAUUGAGUUCAGGUGGAAGUAUGUCUGGGAUGCUGUGUGCGAUUGGCAGGUCUAUCUGGGGAUUCUUAUUUACCUCGCCAUGGUGUGUCCGUUGUACGGCAUUUCCUUCUUCCUCCCUACGAUCAUCAAGGACCUCGGUUUCACAUCCUCAGUGGCCCAGUUAUUGACUGUCCCUCCCUACGUGGCUGCCGCAGUCGCCGCUAUCGUGUCCGCUUGGUUUUCCGACCGCAUGGGUCAGCGCUCCCCGCUGCUUCUGUUCCAUCUCUGCUGCAUCGUCUGUGGAUUUCUAGUUUGCCUAGCGGGAUCUUUGACAUGGGUUCCGGGAGUGAUCUACUUCGGAGUCUUCCUUGCAGUUCUCGGAAUCUACCCUGCUAUUCCAAACCUUGUUACCUGGCUCAGUACCAAUCUCGCCGCCAGUCACAAACGCGCUGCCGGAAUGGCCAUGUAUAUUGGCAUUGGCAACUUCGCAGGAGCGAUGGCGUCGCACUUUUAUCGCACACAAGACGCCCCUCGAUAUAUCCUCGGCCACUCCCUUGAGUUGGGAUUCGCUCUGAUGGGCGUGAUCUGCGUGAUCGGGAUGAGGGUGGCCUAUCAGCGGAUCAAUGCUCGACGAGUGGAUAAGUUGGUCGCGCUGCGACCGGAGUAUACGAUUGACGAGUUGAGAGCCAUGGGAGAUAAAUCGCCGACCUUUCGGUACAUGUUUUAGUUUACCUCGAGGUACUUGCGUGAUGGUCAUGACAUUAAUCCCGGUGGGACUUCGUUAUCGAUUUACCUGUACAAGGAUCUUCCUCGUAGUACUUAGCGACCCCAAUCUUAUCCCGAUCGAACCUGUCCUCAUAUAAACAUCACGUGAUGCUUCCGCCGGAUCAUCCAAGCAUGCGGCUCUCC